AUGGCUGCGUUGUUGCCGCCUGUUGAGGCGUUUCCCAAACAAGUGAAAAGUGGGAUGGCGCCAUUUUGUGGGGGCAUCGAUGAGGCCGGAAGGGGGCCGGUUCUUGGUAUGUUCACUUCAAGUAACUUGAAAGGUCCUCUUGUAUAUUCCAUAGCAUUUUGCCCUUUACACGAGGAGGCGAAUAUAAAGCAAUUGGGGGUCCAAGGUAUCCAUCAUGUUGCAGUCUUAAUGUUAGAUUCGAAGACACUUUCUGCAGACCAAAGAAACAACUUUAUCAAAUCGCUGACUAGUGCCAGAGCUUCAGCAGAGUUUGGUUGGUUGAUCAAACCAAUCUCUGCUGUUGAAAUAUCGCAAGCCAUGCUAAAAAAAGAUGUUUGCUUGGAAAACUGGGAUUUUGCCAGCAACGCUAAAACAGAUCGGUUUCAAAACAAAAAGUUUGGAUCGGGAUACCCGGGAGUAACCAUCGGUUGGCUGAAUAAUAAUAUUCAGCCGUUUUUUGGCUUUGCUGACUUGAUUCGUUUUUCUUGGUCGACGUGCGAAAAAAUCCUGCAAGAACAUGCUAUUGAAAUAGAGUGGCCUGUUCCAACGAUUUCUGAGCUUGGCAGCAGUGUUGAAUGCAGGACAGUGGAGGUCAAGAAGGCAAAAAUGCACAAGCAAGCUGAUGCGAUUCCAAGUUGUGGCCAGCGGAAGCUUUCUAGCUUUUUUAAAGGGCCAAAAAGCGGUGAAUCUACCGGCCCAUUUCAGGGGUGCUUGGCAAAGGCUACGCCUCUGGCAGCCUUAAACGCACACAAUCGAAUGGCUGAUAAUGGCACAGACCUAUUGAACACGAGGGUUACACUUAAUUUAGGCCUUAAGCCCUCAAAUACCCUAAUAAACCGGAGGUGA